GCGCCCCCGCCAUCUGCGUCCGGACUGACACCUCGAGUUUCGGCCAGGACUUUUCGAAAUGUAUUCGUUACGUUUCAGACGAUUCCGGGACACCUUGCAGCCCCAUAGCAAACGUCUGCCGCUCCCAGUGAUCUCUUGCAGCUCAUUCAGGACACUCUUCUGGCAUUCGCUUCACGCUUGCCGCCCUUAUCGUUGAUAUCAAUGUCUGCCAUAGGAACCUCAUACCCCUCUGGACUUGGGAUCAUAGCUAGGAACAGGGACGGUGUUUUUAUCCGCUCUGAUACACUGCUCAAUUUUGGAGCCUCUCAGACGAGAAACGCCGCUGAUCUCAAGGUUCUCAUGGGCAACUCGAACGCGCGGUUGAAAUCCGGAGCAACCUCGGAAGAUGCGGCAGACGAUCAGGACAGUGCUGUCCCUCAAACAGUCUCUCUUGAGCAAGCGAAGACACGGGCUCGUGUCGAAGUAGAUAUCAUCCUGGCCAGCGAUGCUUUCAUUCAGGGCAGUCAGGUCAGAGGACACAUCAAACUACGGGUUCGUAAGAGAACGAAGAAGGAGGCUCCAGUCUCUAUCGCUGACGGCAAAAUCCGAGUCGUCGGCUUCGAGUGCAUCCCAGGCGACGAGGAUCGUCACACGUUCUACCAGUGCGCGUCACCCUUGGAGGCCGUCACCGAAGGCCUUCCUCUCUUGUACAAUUCCUCCCCCGACUCGGAAGGCUUCGUAGAAAUUAUCGAAGGUGUCCAUGUCUUGCCAUUCGUCAUGCGCUUGCCGUCGGAUGGCACUUUCGGGAUGGCGAAGGGAGUCCUUAAUGUCCAUUCGGGCGUGAACGUGCGGUACAUCGCGAUGGUAUCAGUCAAGGUCAAGGACACGAAGAGUGGGAAACGAUCUGUUGCGCAUUUUUACCGGAAUUGCGAGGUCUGGCCUCGGCUUGAUUUGUCCGUCGUCCUCGCGCCUGCUCCAAGGCCUCUUCAAGCCGCAACAAGCAAAAGUCUCUCUGUGCUGAGCAACGGCAGCAAAGUGAAGCUAACUGCGCUGAUGCACCGGCUGACUUGGGUAGCCGGUCAAAGAUGCUAUGUUGACGUUUCUGUCAUCAACGAAACGAAGAAGACCGUCAAGACGUUGACCUUGACGCUUAUUCGGACGACGACUAUUUUCCGGCCGAAGCCUGCACUUGACGCCGGAAGCGUGCGCUCAGUGGAUCUAGACGCAUGUCAGACUUCGACGAUGCACAAGUUACUCGCGGAAACGGUCCUGGAGAUGGCUCAACGAGGAACGAAAGGCCAUGCCAGUGCUAAGGGUUGGUGGACCGGCGUGGGGCCUGGUAAGGAGCUAGCAUUUUCCCAUUAUAUUCUGUUACCGGCUGAAGCCUUGUCGAUUAUACGAGGCCGUUUGCUCGAGGUGGAAUAUUCUAUUCGUGUCACACUGAGCGCUGGGUCAUUGUCCUCCGAUGUGCACGUUACACUUCCCGUACGUAUCGUCAAUUUUCUCUCCAUUGACCCGGCACCCGUCGGCUUGCUACAUUCUCCGAGCGGUGCCCAUCAUUACUCGCAGUGGAGAGAUAUUGUUCCAAGGGCAAGGUAG